AUGCUAGUCAUGUCUCAGCUCGAACCCGCCGCACACGAAGAAAUUUUGUAUUUCGGGAAUUCAUGGGAGAUGCACAGGCAGCCAGAAUGCCUCGAAUCGAGCCCAUCGCUGGCGGAGUCCGCGCCACGCGAGUCGCUUUGGCCGUUUGACCUGCUGGAUCAGGACACGGCCUGCCCACCCACUAUGCCCUCGCCUCCGUCGUUGGGACCGCCCUCGGCGGCAGUCCGACAGGCAGUGCCAGCGCGGCCCACGAUGGUUAAAGCAAACUCUUUCUCGGAGGGCGUGCACGAUUUUGACGACAUGUCACACUUCCUGUCCUUCGCGUUCGUGCCGAGCCACGCGUCGUUCCAGCAUCAGUACCCGCAUCAGCAUAUGCAUUCCUACACGCAUCCGCAUCCGCAACCACACUCGCAGGCUAUCUCGCAGGCUAUCCCGCAGCCGCGCCUGCACGCGCAUACCCAUGUAUACCAAGACCAAGACAGCGGCGCUGAUAGCGCACCCGACUACCAUUUCGAGCCGGUUGUGACUAGACACAGCUUUGCCGGCCACGCUGCUAGUGCGGGUCACAUUGCUAGCGCUGGUCACAUUGCUAGCACAGGUUACACUGCCAGCGCCGGCCACGCUGCUAGUGCCGGCAACAUUGCUAGUGCCGGCCGCGCCGCUACUGCGGAAUCCGAUUACGAGGGCGUGCCCCUUGCUUGGCAAAGUGCGCCAUCACAGACCUUCUUCGAGAGUUUCGCCCCUGAAAGCUUAUCGCCGGAAACUCGGAUUAGGUCUGCUGAGCCGGACUCAAGUCCGCCUGCCUUGCCAUCCUCCGCGCAAUCCACGUAUUUUUCGGACGCCCCGGCGGACACCGCAUCCGAACCCUCCAGUGACUUGCACGACCGCUUCUACCAGGCGUUCAACAACCCGACCCAGCGCCCUACGUCGUCGAAACAUGAGUCUGUGUACCAGCAGCUCAUCGACGACAACCCUCUAAUGGAGGCACUCUCGAAGCGAGUGAAACGCGGAUACUACCGGUGCGCACACUGUCCCAAAAUGUUCUCCAACGUGCUGGAGUACGCAAAGCACAUUGACGAGUUUGAGAUCCAGCGCGACUACAAGUGCCCUUUUGUGCUGUGUCCUUGGAAAAUUCUCGGACUCCCACGCCGGCCUGAGUUGCGGCGCCACUGCGCAAUCCAGCACAAAAUGGAGAUCCCCAAAGAGCUCAAGUCCACGCUGAAGCUGGGUGAAACGGACUUUCCAAUCAUGGAAUGCACAUCCCCUUACUGCGACAAGAAGUUCUACCGCCGCGACUCGUAUGCACGCCACGUUGCAAUGGUACACGAUAAAGCCGACAGCCGCUUCAACAAGCGCCUGGUCAAAGUUCUGGCGGAGUGUCCCUACGAGCAAGAUGCGUUUCAGCAUCGAGGAUACAUCAUGGGCGAGAUGAUGAAAACAAAGAAGAAAACUAAGUGA